GGGGUCCGCCUCUCCAGAUUACUCAGAAUCACAGUACUGUACAGUACAGUAAGGGCAUAUAUAGGAUACGAAAUGCACGUGUUCCUCCGGGCUACUUAACGUAGGACUGAGCUCAGCCUCGCAGCCUUUCCUGAAUGCCUCGGUUCAGCAAAAAGCACGUCCGUGCGUGUGCAGAGUGCGUUUCCUCUGCACAAAGUACUGUAUACGGCAAGAUUGCUUCAGUGGAUCAGUAUGCCUGGCUGUUAACCAGUAGGUUGCCGGUUCGAGCCCACCCAAGGACAGUUGAGGGCAGGAUUCCUGCAUUGCAGGGGUUGGACUAGAUGACCCUCGGGUACCUUCCAACUCCCAUGUUUCUCUGAGACCUCAAAGUACACCUGAGCCACAAGCCGAUAUACAUUAAAGGAAUGUAUAUCCUCAAUAGUAUAAAGGCUUUAUAGUCCAAAGGUAGGUAGGUGGGGUUGUUUUUUUUACUGUUCUGCUGUGAAGGGAUCAAUAACUUUGCCAAAGUCUAAGCCAGCCAGCAAGGGGCCACAGGGCUAUUUGACUGCAAACCCAUGUAUAGAACAGGCCCCAUUUAUUUCAGGGGGGCUUUGCUGCAUCCGAGUGUACAUUGGACUGUGCCAUCCCUAUGCAUGCUUUACUUCGAAGUAAGUUCCUCUGAGUUGAGUUUAUGCCCAAGUGACAGCACAGGAUUUCCCCACGGCCUUCCUUCUUGUUGGUCUGUAAGGACCAAAGGGUCCUGAUCCAAGGGUCCUGUUUGCUGAGAGGGACAUACAUGCGCAGCAGCCCUUCCAGCUUCUUUCCUUGUGAUAGCAACCCUCGGUGGUACUUCCUGGUGGAGAAGCAGGGAAUUGAGGGGCUUGGGAUCCAAACAGGGGCUAGCCCUUUGCUACCUGAAGGAAAGAGCAAGGUUGUACCCCUCCUGUGGCUCCACAUAUGGGCAUCAAGAGGACUGGCAACUGACUGCACCUUUGGGGGUGAAGUCAGACCGUUGGAGACAUCCUGUUUCCGGCGGUGGGAAAUGACUGACUCCCAUAUGAUCGGACUUCAGCCGUGGCAGUAAUUCAGGGCUGAUAUGGCGGUAAUUAGCCCUGGCAGACUCCCCAGGAUGGGGGAGGACUGUCUCAAACUCAAAGAACUGCAGAUUGUCCAAGAUUGCCAGCUUGCAUUGUGCAAGAGGCAGAACACUGGGUCACAGAGCACGACACGGCCGGCACUCUCUGAUGUCUGUUUAGAUAAAAUAAUUAGAUUUGGACAAUAAACAGACAUAGUCUGGACCGAAGAAGACUGAGAAAAAACCUGCAGAAUUGUACAGUCCCUGGCGUUUAAGCUCGGAUUUCAUAGAGACUUCAAAGAGAUUCUCAGUCACUGAGUUUGGAUUACGGAGGAUGACCCCCAUGAAGAAGACAACAUCCCUGAUCGGUCAGUUAGGCGCCACUUUUGCCAACGCAUUUGCAGUCACUCCUCUGUGCUGUCCGAGCCGCAGCAGCAUCCUGACCGGCAGAUACCCUCACAACCACCUGGUGAGGAACAAUUCCUUGGAGGGCAAUUGCAGCAGCCCAGCCUGGCAGAAGUUUCAGGAGCCAUUCACCUUCCCGGUUUACCUACAGAGGCAAGGCUACCAGACCUUCUACUCUGGCAAAUAUCUCAACCAGUAUGGGGACCCCAAAGCAGGAGGCAUUCAAUAUAUGCCACCGGGCUGGAGCUACUGGUUAGGUCUGGUGGGGAAUUCCAAGUACUAUAACUACACUCUUUCAGUCAAUGGACAUGAGGAGAAGCACGGGGAGCACUAUGAAGAAGACUAUCUCACGGACAUCAUUACCAACCGGAGCCUCCAAUUCCUGGAGAAGCUUUCCCACCCUCCUUUUCUCAUGGUUCUGGCGCCACCUGCUCCACACUCCCCCUGGACGGCAGCUCCCCACUACAAGUCGGCAUACAGCAGCAUCAAAGCGCCACGCAAUGGAAGCUUCAACGUCCACGGAAAGGACAAGCACUGGUUGAUAAGGCAAGCAAAGACUCCCAUGUCAAACACAUCCAUUGAGUUCCUGGACAACGUCUACAGGGAACGGUGGCAGACUCUGUUGUCUGUGGAUGACAUGGUAGAGAAGGUUUUGGAUAAAUUGAAGUCCCUUCGCCUGUUGGACAGCACAUACGUGUUCUAUACUUCAGAUCAUGGUUACCACACAGGUCAGUUUUCACUGCCCAUUGACAAGAGGCAGCUGUAUGAGUUCGACAUCCGGGUGCCGCUGCUGGUGCGAGGUCCAGGCAUCAAGCCAAAUCAGAUUCACCUGGAACCUGUCCUCAAUAUUGAUCUGGGACCCACCUUCCUGGAUAUCGCAGGUAUCGAUGUAUCUCAGACCUCCAUGGACGGACAAUCUUUCUUGCCCCUGUUGGUGAACGAGACGCACAAGAGCAGGUGGCGGUCGGAUUUCCUGGUGGAAUACACUGGUGAAGGCCACACUCACCAAGACCCCCACUGCCCUGCCUUGGGACCAGGGGUGUCACAAUGCUUCCCUGACUGUGUGUGCGAGGAUGCCUUCAACAACACGUAUGCCUGUGUGCGCACAUUGAGCCCCAUCAACCUGCAGUACUGUGAGUUUGCAGAUGCCCAGAAUUUUGUAGAAGUCUAUAACCUGACUUCAGACCCACACCAGCUCUUCAACAUGGUGAAAACUGUGGACCCUUCACUACUGGAGCAGAUGAAUCAGAGGCUGAUCAAGCUGCAGGCCUGCUCUGGUGUCACCUGCCGCUCCUGAGGGAGCCGCUCUUGCUGUUGGACUCUGCCGAGGGGAACACGGAGCCCAUUCUGGGUCUCUCCUUUCUCUCUCUCCCUCUCUCUCUCUCUCCAUUUACUGGCCUCCCCUCUUUUCUCUGCUCUUCAGCCAAACUUGAUGCUGAUUUUUUCCGUUUUGGAUCCUAUUCUGGAGGGUGGUGGUUGGCAGAAGAGAGGGCAAGAGGGAUUGGGGGGGGGGUGAAAGUGCCUGUGCCAGAUUUCCCCAUCGAAAUGCUCUGGUAUCCCAUUCUGCCUCUUGCUGCUCACCUACACCUUGCCUUUGCCACCAGACUUGGCAACUGGCAGGUCGGAUUUCACCACCCAGGCGGGGGGGAAACAGGGCUGAUACCUAUGCUGUCGGUUGCUGACCAGCAUCCAGGGCAGUCUCGAGCAGGUCGCGCGCCCUGGCGCUGAGGGGCGGAGAUCGCUCUGGCGCCCCUGCAGGGCGCAGCAUGGUUUCCGCACGGCUUUGCCGCGCAGUGCGCGGCCUACUGGCCUGGCGCCCUGGUGCACCGCACCACCGAGGGGUCUACCUAGAGCCCGCCCUACCAGCAUCCCCACUCUCAGGGGUUCCCCAUGGCCAGCUGGUGAAAGAUUGCGUCCCCUCCUCUCCCCCCCGGUCUUCGGGGUGUGUGUGUAUGGGAUCCCCUCUUUAAUCACGAAUCAGUAUUGCAGAUUCUGCCCUGCAGUGCCUUCUUUUUACCUGGAGGUGCUGCCUGUCCUUUUGUGACUGUCAUGUGCCUUGCAACUCCUCCGCUUUGAGAAGUUCUGAUUCUGAUCAACUCCUGCAGCAGCUCGGGCAGUUGCUGUGUUGUCUUGCCUGUGCCUCUCCGCCUUAAGUGCUGUGAAAAGAAAUAGAAUAGAAUAAAGGACUUGUUUGUUAGAAAAACUGAUCUCACCCUUUGCAUGGACUGUGAUGGCUUUUGCUCUAUAUGUGGAGAGGCAGGAGCCAGACCUCGAGAGCCACACAAAGACCUACAGUGAAUGUCAUUUCCUGCGGUUGUGCUGGUUUAAAAAAUCCACGGUGUCAGCUGCAAGUACUGACUGACUUCUGAGAAGAGAGUCAGAUACCCAACAGUGUUUGGGGAACCUGUAACAUUCAUUCUUGGCUGGAACCCCACCCCCUUCCGUAAGGGGAGGUAUCCGUGCCAUUGUUGCAUCAUCAGCUUUUGCACCAAUCCCAAACCACAUCUCAGCCCUAUUUGCAUGUUUCAAAACCAACAUACCUGACACUAGGGGAAGGAGGCAGAAUUUGGGGCAGGAGGGAUGUGCUUUCCAAGGGUUGGGGCAAAGGAGAAUUUUGCUCACUCUUUAAGGACUUCAUUAUCUCCCAAUCAGUGUCCUAUUUCUUUUUUUUUUUAAUAUAAUUUUUAUUAGAUUUUAACAAGAAAUACAAGAAAAAAAGAAAAAGGCACAAAAAAGAAAAAAACGACAAAAAAAACAAAAAAAACAAAAAACAAAAACAGAUUCAGACUUCCUCAUUUCCCCUUCUUGAGUUCUUAUUGUUAAAAAUAGUUCUCGCAUUUUCCCAUUCUAACUUCACAUUCUUUUUUCUAAAUUUCAGCUUUUUCAUCUUUUUCAUUGCUAUUAUCCAUUCUCCUUGUACUUUAACCUCUUUUCUCUUAACAUCCUCUCUCCAAAAUUAUUAUUAUCUAAUCCCUAGUCUCUUUCCCUUACCCAAAAAUAUAUAAGAUUCACAUCCUAAUUUAUUACCCAUUUACUUCCACCCACACAACAAAGUUCCCACCCCCCCUUCCCUGGAAUCGAAGUCUCCAGAUGAAUCAGCUAGGUUCUUCAUACAAUCCUUAAUACAUUCCGAGAUCAGACCCUAUUAUUUCAGACAAUACCAAAUAAUCCAAGACCUCUCAACCCACCCCUAGUCUGUCCCAUACCAACUUUUGCCGAACUCUUGUCCCCCUCUUCUGUAAUCCCAUCACUUUGUAUCUUUGCACCUUUUCAUCCUCUUUCUGCCCCCCAACUGUUUGUGUCCUCCCCUCUCUCACCGGGGCGCUGAUUUUCCCAACCUCUUUUUUGGGGUGCUUUUUUGCUUUUACCCUCUCCUGUUUCACUUCUCUCACCAGUGAAACAGUGUUUUCUCCUACUUUCCCUCCCUGUUCCACCCCUCCCACCAGUAGAACAGUGUUCUUUUCAGGAAAUAAGUCCAUUGGUUCAUAUUGUCCUUCAGUAUUAUCUUUCUCCUCUUCUAUGUUUUUUACAUACGUCACUCCAGCACAGUCCUGGUCUUCCAAUCUUUUUUCUUCUCCCUUCUCCUGAUCUUCUAUAUCUGUUGGAUCCUUUGUUUUACAGUCAGAAACAAAUGUCUCGACAGUCUCUUCUCUCAGAAAGUUUACAUCAAGCUUGGAGAUGCUCACUUGCUUAGUAAGAUCCAAAAUUGUUGCCAAUAUUAAGUCCCACUGUGUGACUUCCUGUCCACUCUCUGGAACCCUCUCUCCUAUUCCUUUGUCUAAAACCUCCUCCAUCUUUGUACAGACCGGCCGUGGAGUUGAAAUUUUAGUCCAAUAUAUAUGAAAAGUGAACAAAUAGGCAAAAAGCCAAGAAUCCAGUCCCACUUGGUCAGAAUCUCUCUCUUUACUCCUUCUUUUCCUCAGAGUCAAUACUGAGCAGCCUCAAGGCAAAACAAGUCCUCUUCCACUGUUUACAGCUCUCAGUCUCUCACAUUCAGCCAGACACAUUCCUUUGUAUUGUGACGUUAAUCAGCAAACUGACUGAUCUUUCCUUUGACCCGACUCCAGGCUCGCAGGGGGCUUUUCUCAUGCUGGAUCUCAGUCUUUUGCAGAGAUAAAUACACCGCUUACUUUUUCCUUUACUCUGCCUCAGGAAAAAGCUCUUUUUACAGCAUUUCUGGGUUUUCUAGCUUGCUGCGAUCUUUAGUUACUCAAUCGGGGGGAGAUGACUUCCCUUUUUAAUCUCCGCCUCCCACUGCCAAAUUCUUGUUUCAAAUUGAUUGGUUUCAACUUACUUCGUCCAGAUCGUAACUUUUUCAGGAAGAAUCCACCGCCUGCAGGUUGGAGGCUCGGAGCUUCGCUUCUUGGAGGUAACGAUGGUAUGCCUAAAAUGGCUCCCGCGACUGCCACUCGGCUACCUCUCAGGGGCUCUUGCGGGCUUCCUGGGCAGCUGAGGAGUUCGCUUCUGGAGCUCCGCCAGGCAAAAUUGGCCCCCUGGACGCUCAACCAGGGGUAUUUACGGGGAUCCGCGUGCCCCCGCGGAUUUCCCCCCCCUCCGCGAUGCCAGAAACCUCGCAGCGCGAGGUUUCUGCACCUCCAUUUUCCAGCGCGGCAGACCGGAAGUCCCAGUGUCCUAUUUCUAAUCCUAGAAGCCCAUGGCUUUCCCGCCGUUGGCAGCCUCUGGCAAAGGUGUGCAUUUGCAAACCAGAUCCUGAGACCUUGGGGUGCAAAUGAAAGGUUUUUAUUGGGCCCCAAUGCAUGUCUACGGACUGGGCUUAGCCAGCUGGACACAUGUACCAAAGCAGGGUCAGAAAGCUACUCUCUGGGGCCUCCCAUUAGCCCCUUGCCCUCUUCCUCCACAAGCAAGUUUUAGGGUUGGGGGGAAAGCCUUUUCUUGGAGCCAAGAGAACUUUUUCCAAGCCAAAUUGCGGUGCAGGGGGGGGCAUUUACCUCUAUGCUAAAGUUUCAUGGAGAGCUAUACCUGAAACCCAAAGCUUGAAAAUCAUUCUUUCUUGUAGCAGGGGAGGGGGACCGGGUUCUGCCUGAGAAUGGCAUUUCCUUCUGGACCAUCUUCCAGGGGCCACAUGUCUGCAGUGGUGGGCAGGGCCUGAGACAAAAAGAGGCCGGAGCAAGGAAUAGAAAUGUUACACCUUUGUACUAGUCUAGGCUCUCUGCGCAGUCACACAUGCCUGCACACAUGCCUCUCUAACACCCCCCCCCCACACACACACACCUCAGCAGAAGGAAAGAUCACAGUCGAAGGACACGUUCCAGGCAGGCAGAAACACUCCAGGAGAACAGGAAGCAGCGCUUGGGAGAAGCGUGUUCUAGAAUGAGCCCUGAGGGUCAGAUUAGAGAGGUCUAGAAAGUGACAUUUGGUCCCUGAGCCUGAGUCUCCCCAUUUCUGAUUUCUGGUGUGCCAUCAAUGUACAGAGCGGGAAGCCAAAAAUGUGCCUGAAAGAACUGAAAUCAUCAUGGAUGAAAUUUAUGAGUUGCCUUUUUUUUUUUAACCAAAAGUAUUGCAAAGCAAUUUACAACAAUGAUUAAAUGGCAUUUACAUUAAAACUAUAAAACAAAACAGAAAAAAAUAUCUCGAAUGUAUUUUUAAAAGGCAGAAUUAAAGCAUCCCAUCCACUAAAAGAGGCCAUAGAUCAUUAAAAGCCAAAGUCCUGGCAGAAGAGAAAUGUUUUUGCCUAGAAGUAUAAUUAUGGGUUGAUUGAUAGAAUUUAUGUCCCUCUUUUCUACAAACAUGUACUCGCAUGUUAUAUUUAAAAGCAGUGAUACAAAUUGCUAUAGGGGCAUAUCAUGUUUCUUCAUUCACUCACGUUUUCAUCAAGUUGUUGCCCUAUGUUUUCCCCAUUCUGCUUCCAUUUCUCCUGCUUGCUUGGAAAGGCUAGAAGAGCAAGGCAGUUUCUCUCAGCUGAGCUGUGAGUGACCUCAGCGCUGCUGCUCCUCUUGUCGCAGCUGUGACAUGGGACGGAUCAGGAUGGUCAAUCUAUAGCCACUUGGCAUACCAUCACAAAUACUUUUCUGGUUGGUGCCAUUAUAACACACACACACUUUUUUUAAUCGACGCUUUAAUUAGCACAAAAAAAUGGUUACUGAAAAUGUUAAAAUUGUGCAAUUGCACUAAAAUAAAAGAGAAUUGUAAUCCUAUUUUUAAAUACAUGUAUUUUAAACUUGUUGCACACCUCUGCCCUUAUAUUUAUCAUUCUAGUGAUGUGUUUGUUUCACAUUUACUCGUAACAUGCUAGUUACAGGUAGGUAGCUGUGUUGGUCUGAGUCGAAGCAAAAUAAAAAAAAUUCCUUCAGUAGCACCUUAAAGACCAACUAAGUUUUUAUUUUGGUAUGAGCUUUUGUGUGCAUGCGAAAUCUGACGAAGUGUGCAUGCACAGGAAAGCUCAUACCAAAAUAAAAACUUAGUUGGUCUUAACAUGCUAAUUAACUUUUAAAAAAUUGUACAAGUCCUGAAGAGUAAUUGGGAAAUAACAUUUAAAUAAGCAUAAAUUGGAACAGAAGGAUGAUUCAAAUAUUAUUUUUAAAGGUUGCUUCAGAGUAUCCUUACUUCAAUCCUCAACAUCUCAGGUAAGGCUGGGAAGAUCCCCAUCUUGGAGUGGACCUUGGUGCUCUUUGGUAGUGGGGCGCCCUGAGCAAGGCCACAAUUUGGUGCCCCCAUGGAUCUUCUCAGUGAUGGAUCUUCUCAACUGUGCGCCCCCUUGGCUUGGCACCCUGUAUGGGGGAACCUCCCACACCGCCCAUAAUCUAUUGGUGUUGCCAAUACCAACGGUCAGUUUAGGGCUCAUCCCCACUCUUUUUGUCCUGCAAUCUCUUCCAUUCAAGAGGCUAUUCCAUUGUCCCGUCAGGUUCCUGGGAAACCCACUGUUUACCGCUGAAUCGGAACAAUUGUCAAUUUGCAGAAAACCUCACUGAUGUUUGCUCUGAUACAGCAGUAGACUGGGACCAUGACGGUCAUCUAGUCCAUCCCCCUGCAAUGCAAGAAUCCCAGCUAAAGCAUCAAUGACGCAUGACCAUCCAACCUCUGUUUAAAAACCUCCAAGCAAGGAGAGUCCACCACCUCUUGCGGCAGUCUGUUCCACCGCCAAACAGCUCUUACUGUCAGUAAGCUUUUCUGAAUGUUGAGUCGGAAUCUUUCUUGCAACUUGAAGCCAUUGGUUCGAGUCCUACCCUCAAGAGCAGGAGAAAACAAGCAUGCUCCCUCCUCCAUAUGACUGCCCUUGAGAUAUUUGAAGUUGGCUCUCAUAUCUCCUCUUAAGUAUCCUUUUUUCCAGGCUAAACAUACCCAGCUCCUUCAACCGUUCCUCAUAAGGCUUGGUUUCCAGACCCUUGAUUAUCUUGGUCACCCUCCUCUGCACACAUCCUUCUUAAAUUGUGAUGCCCAGAAUUGGACCAAAUAUUCCAGGUGUGGUCUGACCAAGAAUAGAGUGGGACUAGGACUUCUCUUGAUUGGGACACUAGACUUCUGUUGAUGUAGCCUAGAAUAGCAUUAGCUUUUUUGCUGCUGCAUUACACUGUUGAGGCAUGCUAAGCUUGUGGUCCACCAAGACCCCUAGAUCCUUUUCACAGGUACUGCUAAUAAGCCAGGUGUCCCCCUGCCCACGUGCAGAACCAUACAUUUGUCCCUAUUGAAAUUCAUUUUGUUAGCUUGCACCCAGUUCUCCAAUCUGUUAAAGUAAUUUUGGAUUCUGUCUUCUGAGGCAUUAGCUACCCCUCCCUUCUUUUUUAAGCUCCCCCCCUUUGUUGUUGCCAUUUCUGUGUAUAUCUAUCCUUUGGAAGGUGUAUGCAAAUAUGAGGCACAGUGGCAUUUUGUGCCUGCUUGGCAAGGCCAGGCCCCCAUUUGCAUGGCACCUGGCUGGGCUGAGUGGAGCUCCGCUUCUUCCAUAAUGGUAAAAUUGCUGUUUGCUUUCUGCCCAGGUAUUUUAGGGUUGGUGGGUGAGGAAUCCAGAGCUCGGGAGAGCUUUCUGCUGGGAAUCUGGGUCAGCUAAAAGUGAGUCCAACUGUGUGGCUUGUGGGGACUUAUUUUUUAAAACUGAUAGAGAAAUGUGGUAAACAGAAGAUUUGAAAAAUGAGAAAAUGAAAUUGACAUUCCUAGGUGCUACCAAAGCCUAAUAAAAAUUGUGGUAGCCAUUUUUACGCUUCUUGUUUCAGAGAAGCUGUAUUCUUUGGGAAUAAAAUGUACUGUGCAGUUGGUGGUUCUCCUCUGCCCCUUGGCUGUCAGGGGACUGGAACUGUGAUUGAUUUCAGAUCACUCACCUCAGAUCACUGAGAACUAGCAGCUGCCACUAUAAUGGGUGGAGAGUAUGUGGAAGAUGAAGGACGGGCACAUUGCAAGGUCUGCCCAGGCUGGGCAGGAAUAUACUGUAAGGCACCGUCCUCUUAGCAUGUGAACUCUUUGUAGAGAUACAUUACAGACUCUGGGAUUCCUAUGACUGGGUCAGGCCAAUCCACAGUUGCUUCUGUAUUGCUUUUUGCUGCAGGAUUGUUAUCCUUUGUUCUGUCACAUUUUACAGAGCAUCUGCACAAUGUUGUCAUCGCAUCAUUGCAUUCCUGUGUUGUCUGUGUUGUCCUCCUGGGCUUUUUGAGACCUGGUUAUUUGUGUUCUCUGUGUACUUAAAAAUGCAACUGUGACAUAAGUGUGUUCUGGAACUAUUUUGGGAGGGGGGUGUUAAAUUCCUGGUUUCUUUCCAGUAUUUCUUUUCUCUUUUUCCCAUUAAAGCAAAACUGUACUAUUUUAGAAUGUGGUAUAGAAGGGACAAUUAAACACCAAGUGCUUCCAGAGUUUAUGAUGGAAUUGGUGCUGCUUGUGCAUGAAUGUUUUUCUUCUUUUUUGUAAUUUUUUAAUAUUAAUUUUCAAUUAUUAAAAUCCAAUAACAGCCAAAUUUUAUCAAUGUCUUGUGCAAGCAUGUUUUUCACAGUGUUUGCAUACCAACAAUGUCAUCAAAAUUCCAGCCUGUACAUUUAAUCUGCUUUUCUCUUUUAUGUGAAUGCUUCAUUAAAAAAAAGAGUGAACAAAGCAUGGUAUUUUCAUACUAAAUGCAAAGUGUGGAAGCACGAUCCUGGAGACCAAAUCUGGGAGCUUUUGCAUGCAAGGCAGUUGCUCAGCCAGGUUGGUGGUUUCUGGAGAAUGAGAAAAGAAAAAUGUGUCCCUUUUCUUUCCUACUUAUUAGAAUAGGGAGGGGAGUUACUUGCCCUCAAGGCCUGCCUACAUCCCCCUAAGCAGCAGCACCUCCUCCAAAAUACAUACGUUAGUCUCUAUUGGGCC